AUGGAGGACGUCAUGAUCCAGCCGGCAACAUCUGACCAAAUUCCCGCACUUGUCGACUUCAUAAUCAAGGCUCGAGAAGACAUGUUCCCAUUCCUAGAUAAAUCAUCUAGCGAUCAACUUGCGACGCAUGAACUCGCCAACUUCCACAGAACGUACUUGGACAAUCCGCAGGGAGCUUUCAUAACAGCUCAGGUCAAUGGCCGUCUGAUUGGUAGCAUCGGAUAUCGAGCUUAUGACGGCCGGUUCUCUCACUUCUGCCUCGAGCCAGAUCUGGAUCAGGUUGUUGAGAUAGUGAGACUUUAUGUUCAUCCGCAAUUUCGCCGCGCAGGACUAGCAUCCAAGCUGUUUGCUACGUUACUAGAGUCGGCUCAACGUCGUGGUCUCAAGCAGCUCUAUCUGCACACUCAUCCAUUCUUACUGAGUGCAAGCGUGUUUUGGAAAUGUCAAGGGUUUUCCGUCAUCACUGAGGAUGAUGAUCCAAUAUGGCAAACAAUCCAUAUGAGUCGGCUAUUGAGAACUGACGAGGACGCACUGGUCACAGAAUCUUGA